CAGCGCUCGUUUCAUCGGGUAUUAUUUUUCCGCCGGGAAAAUCAUCGUUCGAGUUUCGCGGACAGGGAAAUAAUGGGUCUCUCUCGUUUUGGGAGGAGCCUAUUCUGUAAUCUGGUGUCACUCUACUGAUUAGGAUUUUGCAUUUUUCGGAGAGAUUCAGUCUCGAGUAUGUCAAAUUUCACCCGUUCGAUGGGGGCUUUGGUGAUUUUUCGGCUUCUUCCUCGAGAUUCUGUUUUUCCACCUUCUCGUCGGAAUUUUCCUCGACCCUCUGUAACGAAGUAAUAGUGACGGCAGUCUAGGUGCAGACUUAGUGAGAUGGCGUGACAUUUUCUCAUUUCAUUGAAUUUACUUUCUGCGGAGAUUUUACUCGGUGCUGUGUGCCCCCGUAGCAAUUUCUGGAGCACAUUAAUUUCCUCACACGUAGAUCAUUUUUUCACAUCGAAUGAAUCAUGUCGAAUGUAAAAGAGUUGCUGGCUGUAGCUGCAUCAUUCUGCACUUUGCUGCAGUUCCUUUCAGGAGGUUUGAUAUGCCGUCAGUAUGUGAGACAGAAAGAUGUUGGGGAGGACUCCCACCUCCCAUUCAUAGCUGGCUUUUUGAAUUGUUCGAUUUGGCUGUCUUAUGGAAUGGUCUCUCAAGAGUUCACAAUCAUUUUUGUAAAUGCAGUUGGUCUCGUUUUGUUCUUCAGCUAUGCAACCACCCACUAUAUCUAUUCUAUUCAACGAAAUUUAGUUAUUCGUGACUUCCUCAUCUGUAUAGUUUUAAUCGGACUUAUGAAUAUUUACAUUUUAACGGGUAUUCGGAGAGAAAUUCUACAGUAUCACAUCGGAAACUUGGCCAGUUUCAUAACAGUAUUAUUUUUUGCAGCUCCUCUCACCAACAUGGUGACAGUUAUCAAAACUGGGAACGUGAGUUCUCUACCUCUGCCUUUCAUAAGCAUGACACUUGUGGCAACAUUUUUAUGGUUCCUUUAUGGACUCGUUGUUGAUGACAUUUAUGUUCAGUUACCUAAUGCAAUCGGAUUAGUCCUGGGUGUAGCGCAGCUCAGUGUGUACUUUUUGUACCGGUCCAGAAACCCAAUUAAAAUGUCACGAUUGAAAGUGCCGCUGAACGAAUAUGAGCUGUGAUCGGUAAUUAUUAUCUCAUCAACAAGUUCCUUAAAUCUGCUCUCCAUUUUUUAGUCCUCGCAAGGCUUGUGAUAAUCGUUACUUUCUCUAAUUGAGUGAUGAAUAGUCUUAAACAUAUAUCAUACUUUUUUUAUCUUCUCUGUAGAUGAAUGAUUUAUUUAUUUAUUUACUAAGUAAUUCCAUUGUUCAAUAAAAUAUGUUGAGUUAUUUA